AUGUCCUAUGGGGUUGGUGCAAGUGGAUUGGUGUCUGAAUUCAUUGUAGAAGCUGGUCUUGUCAGAUCAAGUGCUAUCUUGAAGCCAACCAGCCACCUGGAUGCUCAAGGGGGUGGUACCAGAGGUGGCACAGGCAACUUCCAGUCUCUGACUUCCAACUCCAACACUACUACCUCUGGUACCGGAGGUGGCACAAGCAACUUCCAGCCUCUCACUUCCAACUCCAACACUACUACAUCUGGCACUGGAGGUGGCUGCAUCCACUUCUCAGAAGCAGAGGGCAGGGGCAAUGUGGAUAGCAGGGAGACCACUACUCCUCCUCUUUAUUCAUCCCUCCACCCCACCCACCCCACCCACACCAGCUUCAGCACCUCUCAUCCCAUUGGUAUUCCCUUGGGUACUGAUAUCAAUCACAUGAUAGACAUUGACAGAGUUAACCUAAUGAGAGGCAAUGGUGGAUCUGAGGUCUCCCCACCCAGCUAUGGCUCACACAAGUACCACAUCCCCCCUUACUAUGGGACACUGCAUGUCUCCAAGGGCUUGGACAUUGCAUCACAUGCAAUAUCCAAUGGCGCAGUGGGUUUGCAUGUGCCUGUGCACUUGUCGAACCAGACUCCCCUCAACCAAUGCAUGGACCUGUCCUCUGAGGCGAUCUGA